AUGUCGAGCGCUGAUAUCUCUGUGGAGAAGAGUGUCGAAAUCUUGCAGCCGAACCCCCAGGCUGUGGCCGAUGCGCUACCGACACAUCCAGACAACUCACUGCUCGGGCGCUUCAAGCAUUGGAUCCGUGACCGCGACUACCAUGUGUGGGUCAUGUCGCUAGGCUUCCUGCUUCUGUUCACGUCGUACCCCAUCCAGGGCGUCCAGACGAUUCGCUUCCCAGACACGGGCGCGUACAUCCUCAUCGUUCUGUACUCGGCGUACUUUGUGACGUCGAUGUGGGCGACCUUCUUCCUCAGCUGGUGGGGCCUCGAGUGGUGUCUCCCGUGGGGCCCGAUCUCGUACGCGACCUGGAUCGCGUGCAUGUUCAGCGAGAACAACGCCGCCAACCUCGUUGGUGCGGCAUUCUUCGGCUGGGGUGCUGGAAUCCUCUGGCCUGCAGCAGGACAGCUCAUCGCGGCAGUGAGUACACCUGCCAACCGUGCUUCCAACGCCGGCAUCUAUCAGUGCGCUUUCCACAUCGGUGUGUUUGCCGGCGGCCUCAUCCUCGGCGCCGUCCAGAAGACGCUCUCCAACUUCAACCACCAAUACGCCGUCUUCAUCAGCUUGUGCGGAACAAGUGUGAUCACGUUCUUCAUCCAUGCGAUCACGUUCCGGCGCCGCUUCCGACAGCCGCAGAAGAAAAAGAACGGCGAUACCGAAGGGAGCGAGACUGGGCUCCACCGUGUUCAGGGCGCUGACGGUACCAUCGAGUACCGCUCAGUCCAGGGCAAGGACCUCAAGUCGGAGACUGCAGUCGUCCAAGACCUCGCCCUCAGUGGCGGUCGCGAGUACGAGAAGAACAAGCUAAAGGAGUGGAAGGAAAACUUUUGGCGACCACUCCAGAUGCUCUUUCACCCUGUGUUCGGCCCUCUCGGCCCAGCUAUCUUCGUCACCGGUGGCAUGACGCAAGGCUGGUUCAACGCGUCGUUUAAUAAGAUUGUUGUCAACGUUGGCGGCGACUGGAAUGGAUGGAUCUACGCUAUUAGUGAGAGUUGGGCAAUCGUUGCCAGUAUCGUCUUCGGCCUCUUCUACGACCGCCUCCGCACACGCUACAUUGCGGCCCGCUUCCGCUGGGUCAUGUACGUCCAUGUCGUCGCCUACUACUUCCUGUGCGGCCUCGCGCUCGCGGCGUGGUACAUGGCCGAAAGGGGGAUCGGCCAUGGACCGGGCCAAACCCGUCCCAGCCACUUCAAGGUCGUGCUCAGCUUUGCUGGAGCGUUCUACAAUAUCCAGCUCCUCGCACUUGAAGUUUCCAUUCUCACAUACCUUUCCACCUUUCUCACCUACAACGCCGACGUCGCCUUUUCCUCCAAGAUUGGCUGCGAAGCUGGCGGAUACUUGUUGGUGUUCGGCCUCGUCAACGUACUCAACCCCAAGUGGAUGAUCGUGCUGCUCUUCUGCGUCGGUCCACCGGCACAUCUUGUCUACCUCCUGUGGUGGCAGGCGCCCUUGCGCCCUGUUGCGACCAUCAUGGGUCAGGGCGACGACGAGGUUGAUAGGAAUUACCGCAAAGACUCCACGCCAACAGUUGCUGGUGACGAGGAGAGUACUUCCGAGGUAGCAGCACUGCCUUUGCAAUGA